AUGGGAAAAUCCGUUGAAUCUAUCUUCACAAAAGGAAUAACUCGCUUUGUCUCAUCUUCAAAACCCAACAGACACAAAAUAACCCAACCCAUAUCACCGAACCGGGUCACCACCACUCCACGACCCCCAAAACCAGACCUCACUUUUAAGAUGGAAUCGCCCAAGAAAAUGGACGCUAUCGAAUGCCGAACGCCUCUCGCCAGUGUUGUCGCCUAUUGCGCUAAGCGGUGGUUCCAAGACACACUCAAGGAGGCCAAAGGUGGUGAUACCACCAUGCAAGUUCUCGUUGGUCAAAUGUAUUACUCUGGAUAUGGUGUUCCUAGAGAUCCUCAAAAGGGUCAUGCUUGGAUUACUAGAGCAUCAAAAAGUAAAAAUUCAGCUUGGAAAGUAAGCGAAAAACAGCCGGGUUAUAGAGCAAGUGAUUCUGAUUCAUGUGAUUUGGAGAACAAUACUACCUCGUAG